AUGCGCUCUCACUCCCACCAGAGCGGUAAUUACCCAAAGCGCUCUGCAUCUCAGACUUCUUCCACCACAAGCUCUUCACGCAGCACUCAAUGGUCUGACGAAAAGAAGAACCGUCGAAUCUCCAACCCUAUAGCCUCGAAAUUAUUCCGAUCGGGGUCCAAAUCACCCACUGAGAUUGAUAUCCCUAAGCGCAAACACACUCACAGCCACUCCUUGGACACCCACUACAUUCCUCGGAGCGAUCCUGAAAAGAAUUACUUCGAUCAGUGUGACGGCUCCACCAGUUCUACUGAAAUGUAUCCCGAACCUUCAUCACCCCAGUCUUCCAAGCAAGAUUUCCCCAAGCGGGCAUCCACUCCCACUCGGAAAAAUGGCGAUGACUAUCGUCGCUAUAGCGGCACAGUCAACCACUACGGUCGCCACUCAAAUGACUGGCUCUUCGGUGGCUUCAGUGUGCGUGAUACCGUCCGGGACGGUAUCGAGAAGCUUCGUAACCACGACGAGAAGGAUAGCUGA